ACAAAGCCGACGUAGGAUCAGAGUUGAAAAGGGCCAGAAAGGUAAUUUUUGCAGUGAUUUAAUCCAAAUAAUAUGUGCCCUUGCUAGUAACAGACUACGGAAACGGUCCUCGAUAUUGAAUUGCGUCGAAGAAUAUAAUCAAACAAGUUUACAUCGUUUUCAUUGCUACCGAAAAGCACGAUUUAAGAGUACACCUACAAAAUGUCGACAAGUGCCGGGUCAAGCAGCACUGGAAACGGUGGCAGCAGCAGUGGCAGUAGCAGUAACAGUGAUGGAAACAACAGUGCUGGAGGCCGCCGUAAUGGGAGCGGCAGUGGAACGACUACCGGAACAGAAGCGUCCGUUCCGAAACCCGAGACAAAGGAAGCGAAAUCAAAUCCCAAAAUAUCGAAAGCCUUAGGAACUUCUGCUAAACGAAUCCAAAAGGAGCUCGCUGAAAUUACACUUGAUCCUCCUCCAAAUUGUAGUGCUGGACCGAAGGGUGAUAACCUCUAUGAAUGGGUGUCAACCAUUCUCGGUCCACCCGGAUCGGUCUAUGAAGGGGGUGUAUUUUUCUUGGACAUUCAUUUUUCCCCGGAAUACCCUUUCAAACCGCCCAAGGUUACAUUCCGGACUAGAAUAUAUCAUUGCAACAUAAACAGCCAAGGCGUGAUUUGUUUGGACAUUUUAAAAGAUAACUGGUCACCAGCACUGACCAUUUCAAAAGUGUUGCUAUCCAUUUGUUCCCUACUGACAGACUGCAAUCCAGCUGAUCCGCUCGUUGGAAGUAUUGCCACCCAAUAUCUGCAAAACAGAGAAGAGCACGAUAGAAUUGCUCGUCUGUGGACAAAACGGUACGCUACGUGAUUUCAUCAUAUUGGAGGUCUGUAUAUUUUUACGCGCAAUCGAUACUAAUUUAUGAAUCUAUUUGUAACAACAAAAUCAACCCUACAAUGUACUUCGCAAAGCUAAACGCUACAUAGUCUGACUCAUUAAAAUAAUAGUAAUAAAAACAUAACGGCGCACUUGAAUCGUGCAAAGCGAGUGGUUGCGUUGGAUGAGAAAAUUGCGAACUGGCCGCUAAUUCUUGGAUGUGACGUGUCAUGAUUACGAUGCAAGCCACUUAACAUGCAUGAAAACAUUCAAAAUUAUUUUAUGCAAGAAAUGUAAUGAAAAAGCGAUUUGGCAAAACUUUAUUGUAAUACACAAGAAGCAAAGCAAAAGCAAACUUCAAGAAUCCAGUUGCGAGUAAUUCAUGAAAUAAUUUCCAAUUAAGCAUCGCCCUUAAGUCAUAUGUUGUACGAAACAGUUUGAGUAAUCGCGCAUUAAACUGGCAGGAAAAAAAAACCAGUAAACCAAGCAGCAAAGAUGCAACACAAACGAAAUACGUUUUUAUUCCUCUUCAAGCAAAAUAGAUUUGAAAUAUGUAUAGGCAGCAGACAGUGAACCGGCCCGAAGGUAACGAUUGCUAAUUUAAGUAAGCCAAUCUGCUAACAACUAGAAAAUGGUAAUAAAAUCCCUCAGAGAUAUCCCUAUUUCGUUAUUAACAUAGAGAAUUCAAUUGCCCGAUGACUAAUGUUUGCGAUCAAUAGCAUUGCCUUUUGGUUCUCUUUCUUUCGUUUGAUGAUGCGGGGUCAUUUUAAUCGUAUUCCACACAAUGAAAUAGAUUCAGUACUGUGAUUACCACUACCAUCGUGAGGUGAACUUCAUUCAAUAAUUUUUGAAAAAUAUUCUUACAGGGGCCGUUGAGUUUUUCCCUAACUAUCAUCUUUAGUUAGAUUGAGCUAUUUUUAAGAAUGCAAAGAACGAUGUAAGCCAGAGUGGAAGGUUUGGAAAAUACACAUAUAAACUGGACGAAGUGUAUGCCAACAGUGCAUAUAUGGCAAGCAAAAACAAUAGAACUUAAGGUUUGAUUUAGUUCGUUAUUUUGAGAUGACACAUCGAAUGCGAUCUCACUAGAAAGCAGUUACUAGAAAGAUCAGAAUAUACCAGUUUAAGUGUAAGUAAAACGAAUCGUUCGUAUGAUUCGUCAGUUUCUACAGUGAUGAGAAGUAGUCCUAAAUUGAAUAGGUUGUCUUAUGUAGUGAUACUUUGUGCGUUGAUUGGAUCCUACUCGCACAAUUUUAUUUGUUUCGUUCUUUGUAACAUUGUUGGACUUUUGCCUAACAAAAAUAAGAUAGGAAACAUUUUGUAACUCUACCUAUAGAUACAUUUUUUUUCGGUGAUUCAUUUCUUUUACAACUUAUACAACAGACUGCAGAGCACGGUGUUAAUUCAAUAAACACAAAACUGGACAAAC